UAUCGAAUAAACAUAUGAUUUUCGUUCACCUCUAUGUUUACGUGUAUAAUUUUGUUUUGGAUUUAUUAACCAUUAAAAUCAAUAUAAUUUAAAUAUGACGAACCUACAACGCUGGCUAUUUUACGCAUCGCUAUUUGCAGUGCCAUAUCUUUCAAUUUGUUUGGGAACAGUGCAAACGCAAUUUACAAACAAGUAUUUUCUGCACAUUCAACUUCUGCCACUUCUACUUCUCGUGAUUUUCGGCAUCUAUUCCGUUUGGACAGUUCUAUAUAGAACUCUAACUUUUAACGACUGUCCCGAGGCCGCCAAGGAACUUCAAGAUGAGAUUCUGGAGGCACGCAAGGAUUUGAUAGCCAAGGGAUUUCGGUUUCGCGACUGAAGAGCAGGGAUUUCAACCUCCCAGGACAUGUGCAUGUUAAUCUGUAAUUCCAUUAUUUAUAAAAAAAAUCACGCAACUGUA